GAGGCAACCUCCGGCCGCCGUUGCGACUCCACUUCGACAACUGCCUUCGCGCAUCAACUUGCUCCAUCCCGCACACCCACGCAGCCCCAACACCAGGACAAAGUAAUAGAUCAACAUGGCGACACUCGAGCAGGAGCUUAUGGCCGACUUCGCCGACUCUGGGGAUGAAGAUGUCGCGGAUCUGGAAAACGAUUUUGGUGAAGCACACGACUCCCCAGAGGCCGAUGGCGAUGAUGAUGCCAUGGUAGACGAGGAGGCAGAAUACGAGGCGGAGCAAAAAAAGUUGAAGAAGGGUCCGGCGGAUAUUCGCGGUGCACAGAACCUGAUGACCAACCUCGAACCCGUGCUCCAGCAGAUCGAUGAAGUCAAAGACCGCAUGGAGGAGGUUAUGGAUGGCGAGUCGAUAGAGGAUAAUCCUGAAUAUCAGCUGUUGAAGGAAGCGAACGAGUACUCGACACAAAUCGACGGCGAGAUCGCAGCUGUGCACAAAUUCAUCCGGGACCAUUAUUCUCAACGUUUUCCAUAUUUGGAAGAACUGAUUAAGAAUCCUGUCUCCUAUGCUAAAACGGUUGCCAUCCUGCAGAACGGCCCUUUCGAUGACAUCAAAACCAUUGCGCAAAAGGCGGACAAUCUUGUGGGGGUACCAUUAAAGAGCAUUUUAGAUGGUCCACUGCUCAUGGUGGUCAUCGUCGAGGGCACGCGGAUACAGACUAGCGAUCUCACAGAAACGGAGCUCGAAGUCAUCGUAGGCGCCUGUCAGCUGCUGCUCUACUUGGACAAAGCGAGGGGGACACUCAUUUCAUACGUACAGUCACGCAUGACCAUCUUUGCGCCCAAUCUCACCGCGCUGGUGGGUUCGCUGACAGGUUCAUCUCUGAUCGCCAGUGCGGGUGGAUUGGCCGGUCUGGCGAAAACCCCAGCCUGCAACAUCGCGCCCCUCGGCUCCAAUCGGUCCACAGGGUUGGGUCUAUCAACCAAUAUCGGUAUACGAAAUCAAGGAUACCUGUUCCAUAGCCAAAUCAUUAGGGAGAUACGGCAAGACUUGAAAAAACAGGCACUCAGAAUUGUUGCGGCUAAGGUCAUCUUGGCUGCACGUGUCGACUUUGUACAUUCUGCCGCCGACGGCUCGACAGGCCUUCAACUCAAGGAAGAUUGCGAACGCAGGCUUGAAAAGCUCGGGCAGGCGCCUCCAAAUCAAGGUGUGCGCGCAUUGCCUACUCCAGAUGACAAGCCAUCACGGAAGCGUGGUGGAAGGAGAGCACGUAAGGCAAAGGAGGCAACAGCUCUGACCGAGAUCCGCAAAGCGCAGAACCGCAUGGCGUUUGGUAAAGAGGAGAAGGAAGUCGGCUACGGCGACUCGGUCAAGGGAAUGGGCAUGAUUGGUGCCACGGACACGGGUCGUCUCCGCGCACAACAAAUCGACCCCAAGACGCGCGCAAAACUGUCCAAGAAGAAUCCUGGAUGGGGCGGCGAUACGACCCUUGGCGCUGCGUCGUCUCUCAAGGGUUUCGGUGCAGGAGGCACAGCCACGAGUUUGCGCGCUCAGGGUCUGAGGACUGGUGGUGUGGGCUUAGGCGGUGCAGGAACUAGUUCGAUUGCGUUCACGCCAGUUCAGGGUCUGGAACUUGUGGACCCGAAGAAGAGGGAUGAGAUGCAGAGGAAGAGGAAAGCAGAUGAGGAUCGGUGGUUCAAGGGCGGUUCGUUUACGAACUUGAAUGGCGGAGCGUCGAAGGUUGACGCGGGCGGAUUCAAGGUCCCUGCGUUGCCUAACAAGAAGGCGAAGACAGAUUCAUAGAUGCAUUUUCAGCUGGUGACGAAGAGGACGAGGCAUUCUUGGCGCUUAGGUGGGACUCAUCUAUCGGACACGAGCAUUGGGCGGCGUUUUGGCUGACCGAUAUUUUAUGUAUCGGUUCAGCAUGGAGAUAUCCACGUGUAAAAGUAGUCUCGAGUAGUGCAAUAAUCAGUCAAUCUUCAAUCA